UAGUGAUACAUUCCGGACAAUAUAUUACAGCACCAGACUCGGAUUAAAUUCUAUCACAGUUUUUCAGGAUUUUCAAUUUGAGAUUACUUAUACAAGGAAUGGGCAGCAGUGUGACGGUAUUGGGCUAUCUCGUGUCCCUGUUACUGUGUUUGUCCCUGUCAGCGGGCAGAUACCUGGAAGCGAGAACUCCUUACGGAACCGCGAAGCGACAGACAUCAAGGAGAUCAGGCUUGGAUUUAUUCUUCAAGAAAAAUGGUGAUUUACCUCGUAAGACGGUCGUACUGGACAAGAGUGCCGUAUUAACAUGUCAGGCUGGCGGUACUCCUCCCCCUACCAUCCACUGGGUUAAAGAUGGACAACAUCGCAUUGAACAGGGUGACAUGCUUUCAAAUACAAACGACGAGGCGUUUUACGAAGAUGUUGUCGAUAAGGAGGGUCGUCCAUUAUUAAGGAGGAGUUUUACCAAAGCUCUUCUUUAUCUCGACUGUAUCACACCGGAUAUGGAGGGAGACUACUCUUGCGUGGCGGACACUCCCACACAGAGGAUUGUUAGCACUACCACCCUGGGAGUAGAUAGACUUCUAGAUGACAGGGAAGAGAGUUGUCUUGUGAAAAGAGCAUUUACUGAAAAAAUGCCAGCUCGCAUUUAUCAGUGGACAAGUAACAGGUUAGAGAAAAGGGGUGCCACCAUCCAGUUGUUUUGCCGCGCAGAAGGCUUCCCUACACCACGUAUCACGUGGAAGACCCCGGAUCUCCAGAUUAUCUCGGAGGAGGAUCUCGGAUACGAGCUUUUACCAAACGGCGAUCUUCUGAUCAGAAAUGUGCAAUGGGCUCAACACAUGGGAGUGUUUACCUGUAUAGCCGAAAAUGAUUCCGGCAAGGAUAAGAAAAUCACAUUUGUAUAUCCGACCAAAUGAGUGAUGUCUACGGCCCUUAACGACGAUAUACAUGUAAGGCCACGGUGCAGGCCCUAAUUACGUGGUUAACAUUGUGACGGUCCUAUUGCACGUGGUUACCUUGGUGACGAACUGUCUCUCUUACUGUGAUGUCCUCAGCAUUUAUUAAUGUUAACUGUGUCACUGACAUUUAGCUAUGAUAUAAAACCGACAGGGUGCCAUGGAGAAGAUGUUUUCCGUUAAACUACAAGAGAUAAGGAUGGAAGGAGAUACGCAGAAUAAUAUAAGAUAAACAUUACAUUGUCGAUCUAGUCAGGAGCAAAUGGAGGAAAAAUCUCCAAGACACAACAUUGAAUCAAAGACUAUUUUGUUUUAUUUUGGAAAAUGUGCAAUGAACUGUUUGUGUUCUGUGUUUUAUGAACUCAUUAGCAUUCUCAUCAAUAUCAUAAACAAUCAUGGAUCAUCUCAAGUAUGUUUGUGCAACUCAUCAAUACAACAAAAGAAUUCCAGGUGUUCAGUCGACGUGUACUUUUUGUCUCCGUGUUUUAGGGAUCGAGAAAGUCCGAAGGGUUGUGUUGUUGGAAGUGAGACAUAUCAUAUCUACCAGUCUUAUUGUGCUCACACAUUGUGUUGUGCCAUUU